CUAUAUUGGCAAUGGUCGUACAAACGUCAAAAAAUGUCUUUUUGACGACAUUUGCCGAUAAAAUUAUUUGAAAAAUACAUUUUUAUAAACAUGGGUGGUUCACAAAGUACUCGAAAAAUAAGUGUUGAUAACGAAAAUGCUAUACAAGUGUCCCAAGAAGCAUUAGACCGAAUACAGGCUCAAUUGAACGCUAGGCAAGCAGAACAGCCUCAGGCAUCACCACCACCAAAUUACCCGCCACCUCCAUUCUAUGACUCCCAAAAGCGGCAAAAUGAAAAUGCCGCUGAGGAGGCUUAUUGGGCCCGACGCAUUGACAACUUGAAGAGAGCACAUGAAAAAAUCAAUGCUAACAUGGUUAUUGAAUAUCAGAAGACAUUGAAGGAAGCCAAUGAUUUAUUUGAAUUAGCACAAAAAGACAAAAUUACUAGUAAAUUACCCCCUUGUCAGGAUGAAAAAGCAAAGGUGCUGGAGUGCUACAGUGCGAAUGCAGAUAAAUCACUAUUGUGCUCAGUGUUAGUGAAUCAAUUUAAUGACUGUGUUUGCAAGAGUAGGGUGGCUGCUGUAUCUGCAACAUCUUGAAUGUAGCGCCAAUUGUGUAUAUAACAAUAGCUAAAGGGAUACUAACAUAACAUAACCCAUUUUAUGAACAACUUCAGGGAACACUGCAAUAUCCUCCUGGAAGUAGAUUUAUUAAUAUUAUUGCUGUAUGAAUAAACUGUUAAUUUCAUA